AUGCCUCGCAUGACGGAUGAGGAGGUUGAGGAGUGGCGCCCUCGCAUCGACUUCCUGCAGCAGGCCGCCGGGGUGGAGUUUAACACAGACCAAUUCCUCCACGCUAUCCAAGACGGCAAGCUUCGGGAAACUCUCCCCUCGGACCCCGGGCAGGCUCUCGUCGGGAAACCGGCCCCGGGCGUCACCAUGACCCGCGGAGACGCCGCGCCCGCGUCCAUGUACUUUUGCCCGUGGCGCAUGGUCUACCACUAUCCCGACUGGUUUAUAGGAAAGGUCAACGGUCCCCUCGCCCGACCGCUUUUUGACGACUUCUUCCGCCAUCAGGAGUGGCACUUUUAUUAUGCGUUUACAUCUGAUACCCUUGUAGAGACCCCUUACCUCUUCGUCCCAACUGAGCAGUUUAUCGCCUUCUUAAACAUUGUCAACGCCGAACUGAAAAUCAACCUCACUAUCCCCGUCGGCGAAAAUGGCGAAAAGUUCUACGUCUCCUUCAGGGAGGGCCUCCCCCAGCCCCGGUACCUCUGCAACGUCUACGAUGAAGAAUCUCGCCAGCUCAUCCGGACCAAGAACCUCCCCACCUUUGACCAGUCCUUUUUCGAAGCCGUGGCCCCGGAGCAGAUUGAGGAGUUCCGCUGGCAGCUGUACGACAUUGCCUCGUUCAACAAGAUCAGCUCCAAGGCCCGCUCGCUUGAAAAGCAGACCCGCGCCCGCGAGGCCCGCCACCGGAUGACGCGCGGCCUCCAAGCUCUCCUCGGCCUCAGGCCCUUUGGCCCAGUCCUCAUCUCUCUUGACGUGGAGGCUCACGAACUCUCCCACCUCCCCACUGAGGUAGGUAUCGUCACACUCGAUACCGAGAAGACGAAGAACUUGGCUCCCGGAAAGCUGGGCGAAAAUUGGUGGCCAUUCGUUAAGAGCAUCCACUUGCGUGUGAGCGAGUAUGCUUCGCACGUCAACUAUCAAUAUGUCCAGGGCUGCCCUGACAAAUUUGACUUUGGCGAGAGCGAAUUUGUUUCAGCGCACGACCUGCAGGCACGAGUCCAGGCUCUCUUGAGGGAUAGCGCAACGCCCUCAUCCACCACAUCGAACGCUUCCGCCGAGCAACGCCAGAUCGUCUUCGUCGGCCACGACCUCGCCCAGGAGGAGCGCUAUCUUGCAGGGAUUGGCUGCGAUCUGACCAGCGAAAACGCCAUCAUGCGCGCCGACUCCAAGGACCUUCACCAGCAUGUUUCCGGUGAGCUCCAGGGCCGCAGUCUGCGCCACGUUCUCCUCGACCUUGGCCUCGAGUACGCCAACCUACACAAUGCCGGCAACGACGCCACCUACACCCUCCAAGCCGCGCUUGCCUGCGCGGUAAAAGAGAUGCAGGACGGUCCGGCACCACCCGUCAAAAAGAAGAAGAAGAUUAGGCGCGAGGAAGGAUUUGUCCCGGGCGCUCCCAAGUUGACUGAAGCGGAUCUUGUCUCGGAUCCUGUUUAA